UGUGCAUCUGGGAUUAAGGCUAAGCAAGACCAGAAUAUAUGAAGUAACUGCAUGAGCAGAUCAAUUUAGACAGAAUGGUUGAUCGACUCCAAGGAACAUGGAAAUCCAUUUCUUGUGAAAAUUUUGAAAAAUAUAUGAAAGAGCUGGGAACAGGACGAGCCAGCAGGAAACUUGCCUGUCUGGCGAGACCCACUGUGACUGUCAGUACACAGGAAGAUCUGAUCACUAUAAAAACCAAAAGCAUCUUUAAAAAUAAUGAGAUCUCCUUUAAACUCGGAGAAGAGUUUGAGGAAACCACACCAGGGGGCUAUAAAACCAAGAGUGUGGUAACCUUCGAUAAGGACUCUUUGAUUCAAGUUCAAGACUGGGAUGGCAAAGAGAACACCAUAAGGAGAAAGUUGGUGGAUGGGAAAAUGGUGGUGGAAAGUGCCGUGAACAAUGUUAUCUGCACUCGGACGUACGAGAGAGUACAAACUCAGUCUGAAACUCUUAAGCACCCCCAAACUGUGAUCCAAACUGCUGAGGUUGUUUAAAUAAAACUCCAAAGUAAAAUGUUACAA